AUGUAUUCCCUAUUUGAGGAAUAUCAACCAAUUGGAGAUGAUGGCACCCGUACUAGAGAUGAAUUGAUUGCCAUGGCUCCAGAAGGCAUUGAUAGAGAUCAUUGGGCUUCUUUUGUUGACUAUCGACUUGAUGAAAGAACAAAGGAGAUUGCCUUAAAAAAUAAGCACAAUAGGACAAAACAAACUCUUGCUCACAUAGGGGGAUCCAAGAGCAUUGCAAGGAAGAGAGAAGAAAUGGAAAAAGAGUGUGGGCACAAAGUUAGCAGAGGAGAAGUUUGGAUAGCUACUCAUAAGACGACCAAUGGAGCUUUUGUCAGUGAUGAGGCAAGGGAAAUUGGUGUAAGUUCCAAUCUUUUUA